UGUCAGCGCUUGUAGCCAUCAAGUCCGCGCUGGGUUUGACGUACACCAAGUGGUCAACCACUACUACCCCCAGCUGCUAUGACCCUUCUACUACGACGAGUGCUGAUUGGGACAGAAUCUCCUGCUCCACUAGCGGGGACGUGAUUGCAAUGGAUUUGAGUGGUCAAUCUAUAGUCCGCAAGGACCUCCCCAGCCAACUGACCGUACUUUCGGCGCUCACGUCAUUAGCGAUGGAUAGAAACCUGCUGGACGGCAGCAUGGGGAGUUACCUCAAGUAUCUCACUGGCCUCUCCGCCCUCCAAAAAUUGUCCAUGGCCUAUAUGUAUUUCUCUGGACAGUUCCCAAGCUUCAUCCUAGACUCGACGAGCCUUACUUCUCUGGACAUCUCAACCAACUACCUCACCGGCUCCCUCCCAUCCACCAUCACCAAGAUCAAGUCGCUCAAGUUUGACAGCAACUACUUUGUGGGCUCUCUGCCGUCCGCCCCCUGGACCACAUGCGGCUGCACCAGCAACUGCCUUAGCUCCGCCGGCACGUGCGGCGGAUCAAAUACGGGUCAGCGUUCGAGAGCCACCUGUGCCAUCUGCGGCAGCACUGAUGGCACCGGCACACUGUGUACCCCGGGGCAGUCGUGCGAUCCGGAUGACGAAGCGAGAAUUUCUGCCAAGACUAUAAACCUUGUGCAAGCUGAUUUGCCACUGAGGUGUCCAUUCUAUACCGUCAUUCUCGUUGCAGCUCAGGCCGAUGCAAUGAUGGCGUUGAAGGCUGCUCUGGGUGUGACCCUCACCACGUGGGCCUCCACCACCCCCUGCCGCGUCACCGGGCUAUUAACACCCCUUACGAACGAGUGGACUGGCGUCUUGUGCAAUCCCGCCGGCUCCGUGGAGUCUAUCUCGGUGCCGCGCCAGAGUCUCAAGGGGUCUCUUCCUUCGGACAUCUCGAAACUCACCGCGCUCACUUACCUGGAUUUCGGUUACAACCUUCUUCAAGGCAGUCUUGCAGCGUUUGUCACACAAUUUAAGGACAUGACUACGCUAAAGGCGCUCUUUUUUAACUACAACUGGUUUUCUGGAUCCAUUCCCUCAUUCAUCGCCUCCCUGCCACAGCUCACCACACU